UACCGGAAAACCCGAUGUACCAUGAUAGAGAACCUGAAUUUCCCGAGUUUCUCGAGAUAAAAGAAAUAUAUGAUCAUCGAUCAGAAGGAAUAAAGCUUACUGGAAACAUAUUGCAACGCGGUGAGCUUUUAAAUCCUGAUGGACCAUAUAGAUUAGAGGAUUACAAGUGGUGGAUUAGUGAUGAUGUGGAUGAAUUAUUUACGGUUGAUUUGGAGGACAUUGCUGGUCGCUUUUAUCUAAUGAUGCCCCACGUGACCAAGCGUACCAUAGCACGCACUCAUAAAAACAUUAAUGAUC